GUCUGCGCCCUUGAAUCUUUGUGAAAAUUGUAAACAAAACCUUUUUUAUCACAAUUUCUUCACUAUUUUAUGACUUACGGAUCAACAGUCCCAACUUUGAGUAGAUGAAUAUGGGAGAUGUAAAUGUCACCUCUAAAACUGAGCAUGAACGAUUUGUGUCGGGCCAUUCUGGAACAUCUCAACUUGAAAUUGCAUUGCAACUUUCAGUUCCUGUUGCAGCAGUCCUUCUCAGAGAUGCCUUGUUUAUGUUUUUAACAUUGAAUCAUUGGAAACCUCCAUUAUGGAUUAGGUUUGGUAUUGACUAUAUGCUAGCAGUCUUUCCAUUGUUAUUGAUGGCUACAUUACUCAAUGAAUUCAGUGUAAAAUGUUUAAUGACUUUACUUUGUGGUGGACUUCUACUGAUAGGGAUGAUCAUGGUGUCAAAGAAGAAAACAGCUAAAAAGAAACAAAUAUCAUGGCUGGACAUCAACAUGUCUGGGAAAAGACUGUUUAUUGACUAUUAUCGAGCCUUUAUCAAUGUAGGUACAGCAGUAGUGAUAUUAGCAGUAGACUUCCAGAUAUUUCCAAGAAGAUUUGCCAAGACUGAAACUUACGGUACUGGGUUAAUGGACAGUGGAGUUGGUUGUUUUGUUAUGGCCAAUGCUAUAGUGUCACCUGAAGCCAGAGGAAAGCAUCAAGGAGACAGAUGUAAAAUGAUCCUUAAUUCGAUCAAGUCCUGUCUACCUCUAGUUCUACUAGGACUAGUCAGAGUGGUUUCAGUUAAAAAUUUAGACUACCAUGAACAUGUCACUGAAUAUGGUGUCCAUUGGAAUUUCUUUAUUACAUUAGCAGCUGUAAAGAUAUUCUCAACAGUAUUAUUCACAGUAUUUCCAGUCAGUUUUAGUGGAAUAGUCAGUAUUAUAAUAGCAGUGUUGUACCAAUAUGUCUUGUCCUAUAGAGGUCUGUCUGACUAUAUCAGGAAUGGAAGAAAUGGUCAAGAUGUUAGAACUGACUUGAUAGAUGCUAAUAGAGAGGGAAUUUAUUCUUCUAUUGGUUAUAUUGCUAUCUAUAUGGCUGGCGUGCAAUUAGGAACUUUUAUUUUCCAAAAAAGAGAAAGACUAUAUGAUUGGUGUAAAGUAUUAGGUUAUAUUGUAGUAAUAUGUAUAAUAUCUAAUGGUCUCCUGUAUCUAGUUCAGCCACAUGUAGAACCUAUAUCACGCAGAUUGUGUAAUGCUGCCUAUAUAUUAUGGAUGGUUAACUUAAAUCAUAUAUUGUUAGCGGGCUAUUUAAUAGUUGAUAUGGUUUUAACAGUAGUUAGACACUGGUGUAAAGAAUCUUUGAAAAAAGUGAAAACCAAAGACAGUGAUUUAACAUCGUGUAUUAUUUCAGCUGUGAAUUAUAACGGUUUAGGCUUUUUUCUACUCUCUAAUUUAUCUACAGGUAUUGUGAACCUGUCAAUCAAAACUAUUCAUACUCCGCCCACUUUAUCAUUUAUAGUAUUGUUUAUUUAUACUUUUAUAUUAUCUGUUAUUAUUGUUGGUUUAUUCAAAUUUAAAAUCUCUUUGAAGUUUUGGUAGAAUAAAUUAUUUUUUUUAAAGC